CUAUGAGCCGUGCAUGAAGCUGUGGAGAUGCGUGGGAAUGUUGUGGUAGAGGUUCCCCCAAAUGAGAAAGACUACCGGCUGCCCAAGGAGCUGAAUUUAGUUUCUACCGAAGUGAGCUACUUCUCUCCCCUACCCUGUCCUUCUGAAUAAGGAAGCAGCCUGCAAGCAUCAGCGGAGCCCAGAUGAGCCUGGGCUUCGGAGCCUCUUAGCAGUCUCCUGGGACGCUGCUCUGGAGGAUCUGAAAGCAUGCACCGUGGGUUGUGGCUACUCCUGAUUACGUUCUGCCUGAGCGAGAAACUUGCCGGAGCGGGAGAGAAGAAAUCCUAUGGAAAGGCAUGUGGAGGCCAAGACUGCAGUUGGGGCUGUAAAUGCUUUCCUGAGAAAGGAGUGAGAGGGCAACCAGGACCCAUUGGAAUUCAAGGUCAAACAGGUCCUCAAGGAUUUGCUGGCCCUAGUGGUUUAUCAGGGUUCAAAGGAGAAAGGGGCUCCCCAGGCCCUCUGGGAACAUAUGGACCAAAAGGAGAUAAGGGUCCCAUGGGAGUUCCUGGCUUUGUUGGCAUUGAUGGGAUUCCGGGCCACCCUGGACAACCAGGGCCCAGAGGCCCACCUGGCCUGGAUGGCUGUAAUGGAACUCAAGGAGCUGUUGGAUUUCCAGGCCCUGAUGGCUAUCCUGGACUUCUCGGACCACCUGGGCUUCCUGGUCAGAAAGGAUCUAAAGGUGAACCUGUCCAUACCCAAGGUAGUUUCAAAGGAAUGAAGGGGGAUCCUGGGCUGCCUGGACUAGAUGGAAUCACUGGCCCACGAGGAACACCCGGCUCUCCAGGAGCUGUAGGACCUAUAGGAUCACCAGGAUUUCAAGGUCCUCCAGGCCCCCCUGGUCUCCCUGGUCUUGACGGGAAUAUGGGGUUAGGUUUCCAAGGAGAGAAAGGAGACAAGGGGGAUGUUGGUCUCCCUGGUCCUGCAGGACCCCCGCCAUCUACUGGAGAACUGGAAUUCAUGGGGUUUCCCAAAGGGAAGAAAGGAUCUAAGGGGGAACCAGGGCUUCAGGGUUCUCCAGGAACAAGUGGCCCUCCAGGAUUUCCAGGAUUUGGAACUGCAGGAGAAAAAGGAGAAAAAGGCAUCCCUGGUUUGCCAGGACCUAGGGGUCCCAUGGGUUUAGAAGGAGUCCAAGGACCGACAGGGAGUCAGGGCAAGAAGGGGUCCUCAGGUUUCCUCGGGCUUAAUGGAUUGCCAGGAAUUAAGGGAGAAAAGGGUGGUGUUGGCCUGCCAGGCCCAGAUGUUUACAUCGAUACAGAUGGUGCUGUGAUCUCAGGUUAUCCUGGAGACCCUGGUAUUCCAGGACUCCCAGGACUUAAAGGUGAUGAAGGCAUCCAGGGCCUGCCUGGCUCUUCUGGCAUCCCCGGAUUACCAGCUUUACCAGGUGUGUCAGGUGACCCAGGGCCGCAGGGAGUUCCAGGCCUGAAAGGGAACAAAGGAAACCCAGGCCAAACCACAGUUGGGGCAGCUGGCCUUCCUGGCAAAGAUGGUUUGCCAGGCCCACCAGGUCUACCAGGCCUACCAGGUCCAGCAUUUGAGCCUGGAACCCUACAAAGCACAGAGCCAGGAUUUCCUGGUCUCCGGGGAGAACGAGGUCCAAAAGGAAACCAAGGUCUCAAAGGAGUAAAAGGGGACUCGGGAUUUUGUGCUUGUGAUGGUGCUAUCUCCAACAGUGGACCACCCGGAGAGCCAGGCCCACCUGGGCCACCAGGUCAUAUAGGCCUUCCAGGCCUUAAAGGAGCCAGAGGAGAUCCAGGCUCUAAAGGCACACAAGGCCCAUCAGGGUCUCCAGGUUUAUUUGGGCCUCAAGGUCCUACAGGUCCCAAAGGAGAGAAAGGAGAAUCAACCCUCGUACAAGAUCAGGGAAUCAGUACAAGAUCAGGGAAGCCAGGGGAACAGGGUGAUCCUGGCCCUCAGGGGCUCCCUGGAGAGACAGGAAUACCAGGCAAGGAUGGAUUACCAGGUUUACUAGGUCUGCCAGGCUUUCCGGGUGAUGCUGGACAGGGAUUUCCAGGUGAAAAGGGAUUCCCAGGGCUUCCUGGAGAAAAAGGUCUUAGUGGUUCUCCUGGACCCCCAGGAAUUGGGCUACCAGGAUCUCCUGGACCUCGUGGACUUUCUGGAGAUCAAGGAAUAGAUGGAUUACCAGGGAAAACGGGCCUCCCUGGGCCUCCAGGUGACUGCUGCUGCAGAGGAAAGGAUGGUAAAGGAGACUUAGACACUGAGGGAGGUAUCACCUUGCCUUGUAUUAUUCCUGGGCCAUAUGGUCCGUCAGGAUUCCCAGGAGCUCCCGGAUUCCCAGGCCCCAAAGGGGCCCAUGGCCUUCCUGGGACUCCAGGCCAGCCUGGAUCGCAUGGAAAUAAAGGAGAGCCUGGAAAUCCAGGAUCACUUCACCUCCCUGAAUUGCCAGGAUUUACUGGACCUCGUGGGGAUAAGGGCUUGCCUGGGUUUCCUGGGCUCCCUGGAAAAGAUGGCUUGCCUGGCAAAGUUGGCAAUCCAGGUUUACCAGGUUCAAAGGGAGUCCCUGGUGACAUCUUUGGCGCUGAAAUUGGUGCUCCAGGGGAGCAAGGCCUACAGGGAUUGCCAGGGGACAGAGGAUUUCCUGGAGACUCUGGCCUUCCAGGACCCAAGGGUUUGUCUGGGAAGUCAGGAUUGCUAGGUCCCAAAGGUGAGCAGGGCAGCCCUGGAACACCAGGCCACGUGGGACAACCAGGUAUCCCAGGGACUGUUGGUUUACCCAGCAUCAAGGGCAAACCCGGGCUACCAGGAGCACCAGGCUUUCCAGGCACUUCAGGACAUCCUGGAAAGAAAGGUCCAAAAGGUGAAACAGGUCCCCCUGCAUCAACUGGAAAGAGAGGUCUGCCUGGGCUGAAAGGCCUUCCUGGAUCCCCAGGGUUAAUUGGCUUCCUGGGGAACUCAGGGUUGCCAGGGAACACUGGAUUGCCAGGCCUGCCAGGUCGGAAGGGUGAGAAGGGGUCUGUUGGACUGAUAGGUUUUCCAGGGAUGCCAGGUCUCCCCGGUAUUUCUGGUGCAAAUGGAUUAAAGGGAAUUCCUGGGUUGGCUGGAAAAAUGGGACCAUCUGGAAGGGCUGGUAGCCCUGGUGAAAAAGGAGACAGAGGCGAUCCGGGGCCAGUUGGAAUUCCCAGUCUAAGACCUCCAAUGCUGAACCUUCAAUUCAAAGGAGACAAAGGCUCUCAGGGCUCAGCUGGAUUGGAUGGAUUUUCUGGACCCAGAGGUGAGAAAGGAAAGGCUGGUCUCCAUGGGCCACCAGGCUUGCCUGGAGCUCCUGGAUUCCCCAAUACCAUCAAAGGACUUAUUGGGAGACCAGGAUCCCCUGGAUCCACAGGACUGCGGGGAUUGCCCGGCCAGAAAGGCUCACCUGGAAUCUCGGGCUUCCCAGGAAUGCCAGGAGAAAGUGGUUUGCAGGGUCUCAGCGGAGCUCCUGGGCUCCCAGGAGCAUCUGGCCUCCCAGGUUCAAAAGGAGAUCAAGGCCAGACACUUGGACUUCCUGGUAGCCCAGGACCUAAGGGAGAACCUGGGGAACCUGGCUUGAAAGGUAUGAAAGGAAAAUCUGGACUAGUUGGUGACUUGGGUGUUCCUGGAAUUAGAGGUGAAGAUGGAAAAGUUGGUAUUCCUGGAGAUGUUGGCCUUCCUGGCUCCCCAGGGAUCCCUGGGAUUGCAGGCAUAAAAGGAAAUCCAGGGCUUCCAGGUUCUCCAGGCCACCCAGGUUCACCUGGGCCCCUGGGACCACCUGGCCUAAUAGGAACUAAAGGUUAUCCUGGAAUUCUUGGUUUACAUGGACUAAAUGGGCUUCCAGGAACCAAGGGUACCCAUGGAACUCCAGGACCUAGUAUAACUGGUGUGCCAGGUCCAGCUGGCUUGCCUGGUCCCAAAGGAGAAAAAGGUUCUCCAGGAAUUGGCACUGGAGCCUCAGGCAAGCCAGGCAUGAAAGGACAAAAAGGUGGCCAAGGUUUCCCAGGUCCCCAAGGCCCUGCUGGUCCCCCUGGUGCCCCAGGCCUCUCCUUGCCAUCAGUCAUAGCAGGACAGCCUGGAGACCCUGGGCGACCAGGCCUAGAUGGAGAACGAGGCCGCCCAGGCCUCCCAGGCCCCCCAGGUCUCCCUGGGCCAUCUUCAAAUCAAGGUGACCCUGGAGACCCUGGCUUCCCUGGAAUUCCUGGUCCUAAAGGGCCAAAGGGAGACGAAGGAAUUCCAGGUUUCUCUGGCCUCCCUGGAGAGCUAGGACUGAAAGGCAUGAGAGGUGAGCCUGGCUUCAUGGGGAUGCCAGGCAAGGUUGGGCCACCUGGAGACCCAGGAUUUCCUGGAAUGAAGGGGAAAGCAGGCCGAAGAGGCUUUUCCGGCCCCCAAGGUGCUCCAGGCCAAACACCAAUUGCAGAAGCCAUCCAGGCUCCUCCUGGACCCAUGGGUCUCCCGGGCAUCGAUGGCAUCCCUGGUCUCACGGGGGAUCCUGGAGUUCAAGGCCCUAUAGGCCUACAAGGCUCCAAAGGUUUACCUGGCAUCCCUGGCAAAGAUGGCCUGAGUGGGCUCCCUGGCCCACCUGGGGCUCUUGGUGAUCCCGGUCUCCCUGGACUGCAAGGACCUCCAGGAUUUGAAGGUCCUCCAGGAAAACAGGGCCCCUUUGGAAGGGCUGGAUUGCCUGGACAGAGCGCGAGAGUGGGUUACACCUUGGUGAAACACAGCCAGUCGAAACAGGUGCCCCUGUGCCCUGCUGAGAUGACCCAGCUGUGGGUGGGUUACAGCUUGCUAUUUGUGGAGGGGCAGGAGAAAGCCCACAACCAAGACUUGGGGUUUGCUGGCUCUUGUCUGCCCCACUUCAGCACCAUGCCUUUCAUCUACUGCAACAUCAAUGAAGUGUGUCACUAUGCCAGGCGCAAUGAUAAGUCCUACUGGCUCUCAACCACUGCCCCCAUCCCCAUGAUGCCCAUCGGCCAGACCAAGAUCCUCCAGUAUAUCAGCCGCUGCUCUGUGUGUGAGGCACCCUCGCAAGCCAUUGCUGUGCACAGCCAGGAUAUCACCAUCCCGCAGUGCCCCCUUGGCUGGCACAGCCUCUGGAUGGGGUACUCCUUUCUCAUGCACACUGCCGCUGGCACCGAGGGUGGAGGCCAGUCCCUCGUCUCACCUGGCUCCUGCUUAGAGGAUUUUCGAGCCACUCCUUUCAUUGAGUGCAGUGGUGCCCGGGGUACCUGCCACUACUUUGCCAACAAGUACAGUUUCUGGCUGACAACAGUGGAGGAGAAGCAGCAGUUUGGGGAGGAACCUGUACCAGAAACAUUGAAAGCUGGGCAGCUCCACACACGAGUAAGCCGCUGCCAGGUGUGUAUGAAAAGCCUGUAGGGUGGCCCCUGCCAUUCUGCCCCUUGCUGUCCGUUCCUCCAUAGAACAGUCACCUCACAAACCCAAACCAUCCGAAGAAGAAAGGCCUAAGCCCAUUUUCCUAUCUGAAAAGUUGUACAUUGGAGUCUCAUUUGGGCUGGACUACUGGAUACUGGUCACCCCAACCCUCAGGCCUAAUGGGUGAGCCCACCCUGCUGAGAUCUGCUGUCCCAUUUCAGUCAACCUGGCACUACUGUUUGAUUCGGAUAUUUGCGUGACCUCAGAAAGACCUGCUGGGCUGCCAGUUUCUUAGAAAGCUGCUAGCUUUCCUCACCAUCUUGAUCACAAAGUGGUUCUAUAAUAACUGAUAAGUCAUUUCUUUAUGUCCAGAGGUCACCACACAUUAUUUGGCUUAAACCAGAACCAAGUGUUUCCACAUGAAAAAAAAUAUAUACCUGGCUAAGUAUUCAUGGAUGACUCAGGCCUGCAUAGAGCAAGCCUUCACCCUUCAAGAAAACCCACUGUGUCUAGGCAGGCAGCAGAGAUAGAAUGAGGUGCCAGCCAGUAGAAUAGGAUGAGCUUUGACUCCUUCGAGAGUAAGCACGACUGGACCCCAUAUUGCUUAGGGAGGUUUGAAGGCCAGAAGCCAAGAAGGACUCAUUAACUUCAUAUGGUCCUAGACAAAUCACAUCCUUCUUGCCAACUCCCUCUCCAGGCCGAGACCUACCAGUAUUACUUGGCCGGGUCCAGAGCAGAGUGGAGGAUGCACCAAAUGUGGCCAGGCCCAUAAAGGGAAAUGAGAACCACGGCCCUUUCUCCCAGGCCGUGGGUAGAAGGGUGGGUGGGUAAGGAGGUGUGAAUUUUACUUUUGACUCCAGGAGCAAAAAGGUAAAUCCCUUGUCCCAAUUUCUCAGAAGUCCCGGUUUCAUCCAAAUGCUAUCCAGAUGUGUGUAAUGUGGCAAACUGAAGCUGCAGUUUAUUGAUUCCUUUGCAUUUUGAGACUGUAAGAGACUUUCCAUUAAAAUGUCCUUCCAAUUGCUCUUUUACAGGUAGCCUGUUAAGCUAUUUUAAUAUUUUUAAAACCUCAUAAAAAUCUAACAAACUCCUCUCUUUAGCAGUUAGCAGACCUAAAGCAAGCCUGAGUCAACUAUAAAGUGUAUUGUGUUCUGUUUGGGGGAUUUGUUUUAACCAUUUUAUCAGUUUCCCAGAACACUUAGAUAUGUUGACAUGAGGCAAUUCCUUCCAGAUGAUUCUGUUUCCUUAAAUAUUAUGUAAACUGUGCCAACUUAAACAAAACAUAAUUGGUAUAAUCUGAAUUAUUGUUAUCUUCACCUCCUCUCUGAGUAAAAAACAUGGUUGUCAGCUCUGUACAUCGCAAAUAAAAGGAAUUUAGCAUGAA